GCGCGCUUUCUUGACGUCACUUCCGCCUCCUUCCUGCUUUCCUCCCCCGAGGGGCUCGGCCGCGCGGCGCGUGGCGUCACCAGGGCCUAGCGGAAGCGGAAGGGAAGUUUGGUUUCGCUGCCAGCCGGCGGCUGAGGCUCCUUUGCGGAAGUAGCUCCGGCCCUGGACCUUGGGGACUCCCCCCCGCCCCACCUCUGUGGGACCGCGGACGGGAUUGAGGGAGCGCUCUGCUUUGAAAGAAAACCGCCGUUUCUGUUUCCCCGGCGGCGGCAGAAGCGCCUCGUGCCCCGCCCAUCAUGGCGGCCUCGUCAAACCUGCAGAAAGCCAUAGACAUCGCUAGCAAAGCAGCACAGGAGGACAAAGCGGGCAACUUUGAAGAAGCCCUCCAGCUGUAUCAGCACGCUGUGCAGUAUUUCCUCCAUGUCGUCAAAUAUGAGGCACAGGGUGACAAAGCGAAACAAAGCAUCAGAGCAAAGUGCACUGAGUAUCUGGACAGAGCAGAAAAGCUGAAGGAGUAUUUGAAAAAGAAAGAAAAAGCGCCUCCAAAGCCAGUGAAAGAAUCUGGUUCAACUGCUGAAAAGGGGAAUGACAGCGACGGAGAAGGCGAGUCAGAUGACCCUGAGAAAAAGAAGUUGCAGAACCAACUACAAGGUGCCAUCAUCAUGGAGCGGCCGAAUGUCAAUUGGGGUGACGUUGCCGGCUUAGAGGGAGCAAAGGAAGCGCUUAAAGAGGCAGUCAUAUUGCCUAUUAAAUUUCCACACCUUUUCACAGGGAAGAGAACCCCUUGGAGGGGAAUUCUUUUGUUUGGACCUCCGGGAACAGGGAAGUCAUACUUGGCAAAAGCUGUUGCAACAGAAGCUAACAAUUCUACUUUUUUCUCCGUGAAAUCUUCCGACCUUGUCUCAAAAUGGUUGGGGGAGAGUGAAAAGUUAGUGAAGAAUCUCUUCCAACUUGCCCGAGAAAACAAGCCUUCCAUUAUCUUCAUUGAUGAAGUUGACUCUUUGUGUGGUUCCCGAAGUGAAAAUGAAAGUGAGGCUGCUAGGCGGAUUAAAACAGAGUUUCUAGUUCAGAUGCAAGGAGUCGGAGUAGAAAAUGAUGGAAUUUUAGUUCUGGGAGCUACAAAUAUACCUUGGGUUCUAGAUUCUGCCAUCAGAAGAAGGUUUGAGAAACGCAUCUACAUCCCCUUGCCUGAGGACCAUGCCCGAGCGGCCAUGUUUAAGCUUCAUCUGGGGUCCACGCCCAACAGCUUGAGCGAAUCAGAUUACCGAGAGCUUGGAAAACGAACGGAUGGCUAUUCGGGUGCCGAUAUCAACAUAAUCGUACGAGACGCACUGAUGCAGCCUGUUAGGACAGUUCAAUCAGCCACGCACUUUAAAAAAGUGAAAGGCCCAUCAUUGUCUGAUCCAAACGUGUUAGUAGAUCUGCUCACGCCGUGUUCUCCAGGAGAUCCCGGUGCCAUUGAGAUGACAUGGAUGGAUGUACCCGGGGAUAAACUCAUGGAGCCUAUUGUUUCUAUGGCUGAUAUGCUGAGGUCAUUAGCCAACAACAAACCCACCGUGAAUGAACAAGACCUGGAAAAGUUAAAGAAGUUCACAGAAGACUUUGGACAGGAAGGUUAAUCUAAAGACUGAUUUGACCUUAGAAGAUUCUUUGGAUUUCUUGCCUCUCUAUUGCCAAUAAAUGAAUCACUUCAUGGAAAUGAAGAGCUGUUUGCAAGGACCCUUGAGCUUUUUGUAUCUCACUUUCCAGAAAUAUCUCUUAAAUAUUGUCUUCUGAAAGCAUGAUCUUAUGGCAAAGAAGGUAAACAGAUUAUAAAUACGUUUUAAAAACUGGCA